GCAACAAGGGAGUUUAGCUUCGAAUCAUUUCGGUUUAUUACUUGCUGCACGGAGCAGAAAGCACGUUUUUCAAGCAAAUCAUUUUCCCUUAAAAUGGCGCCGUUUUCCGCCUGUUCCAUAUGCCAGGCCAGGACCCGAAAGAUGGUCAAGGACCCGCUCACCUUGAAGCAGAUCUACGUGUGUCCGAAAUGCUUCAAGAGCGAGAUGCACAAAAAAGCGAGUCCAAUCGAAGGAGAUAAUUCGAAGAAAAGUGGAAACGCCAAAAUGAUUUCUGGUGAAAAUCAAAUGAACCCAGACAAGGAACCCGGAGUUGAUAAAAAAGCAACUACCAAGAGCACAAGGGAUGGUAAAAGCCAAAAGAAGGAAGGCGAGCUUAUUAAGGAUUUGCCCAAAGUUAAAAUAAUACCCAAAAUCACGCCUCCGCUUAUGCAAACCGUGGUAAUUAAGAACCGAAAAUAUGUGGCCGUUAGUGAGACGGCCGACGACGAGUGACUUGUUCUUGGUCUCAUUUUCAUGUCAUAAAACGAACGCCUAGACUUUGAUUAAGCUAGUGACACCGUUUAGCUAAUUUCCAUGCAACAAAACACAAAACAAAAAGCCAACGAAUGUUGAAGACUCUUUAAAAAUAUUCUUUUUUAACAUAAUAUAACUCUUAAAAAAUUUUA